AUGGUCCGUAUGUGCAAAGUCAAGGGGUGCAAAAUUCAGCAGGGGCAGGGAAAAUUAUUAUUUAAAUUUCCCAAAGAUCCCGUCAUGCGGAAAUUAUGGAUCUUGAGGACAGGACGCACGCAGUGGAAUCCAAUGUCUACUAGCUGUAUCUGUGAAAAUCAUUUUGAUGUAGCGCAGUGGGAGAAAGUGCGUACAGAUGGAUCCCGAGUGUUACGCCGUGCUGCAGUACCCUGUUUGCCAGAAAUAGAUUCCGAAAAUAUUGAAAAUAUAACACCUGCGAAGUCACAUGACGAUAACUAUACUUCAAUUGCUCGCCAACCCCUGCAAGACAUAAGAAAUUCCAUUUUUGUUGAAGAAGCAUCUUCUCCGAUAUCUAUGCCUUCAACCUGUGAUAAUCAAAUAUUACUUGAUCAGGACUUACCAUUCAUUAACAAUAAUACCUCCUCUCUUGAAGAAGUCUCUUUUGACUCACUUUUUGCUUUUGCGAAUAUUUGUAGUAAUAUCGAACCACUUUCUGUACCUCCGUACAAUACAAAUUCAACUUCUCCAUCAAAGCAAGAGUUACGAGCACUGUUAAAAAAGCAGAAAGAAGAGAUUGAAGCCUUGCAACGCGAACAAGAAACUAUAAAGAAAAUUGCCAUUAAGUGCUCAAAGGACUACUGCGCUAUGAAAACUCGAUAUGACAAAUGCAGGUUAAAACUGUGGCGCUCCGAACAGAGCCAGGCCAAGUCUCGGCUUGCACUUUCAACUAGACUGCAUUCUGAUCAACUUAGAGUCCUCCAGAGACAAAGUAAAGGUGGAGUUAAGUGGAGUUUACAAACUAUACAGGAUGCGCUUGCUUUUAAAAUGAAAUGGAGAACUACAGGAUUUUCUGACUUUGUUAAUUACCUACCCAUCUUUCCUUCAAUACGGACACUUCAGAGGGCGGUAGAACAUAUACGCUUCGAGAGUGGCAUUUUAGAGGAAGUAUUUGAUAUGUUGCAAUGCACAGUGAGUCGUAUGACUGAAAAUGAAAGGGAUUGCAUGAUUGCUGCUGAUGAAAUGACAAUAAGAGCAGGAUAUGCGUUUGAUCCAUCUUCAAAGAAGAUAUUUGGGAAAUGCACUUUCCCUACUCAUGUUGGACAGGCCAAGAAGGUCCUCGUCAUAGUAUGUGCAGGUAUUUGCCGGAGAUGGAAAGUUGUAGUAGCCUACUUCUUUACAGGGAAUGAAAAUCCUGAACUCAAGAAACAGAAGGCUAAUUUGAGUGGUAUUGCUUUCAAAGAUAUUUUUGGCUCUUCGUGUGCUGAGUAAAAAUAAAAGGAGCGGAUCGGG